CGCACACAAACACACGCACACACAGCCGCGAAUCCGUGCGCGAAAUGAUCAGAGCGGUCGCGAGUGUUUUAACGGCAUGACGGCGGAUCGGACGCGCUGCUGCUGACGGAGGAGAGCCGGUAGAGACGCUCCAGCCCCGGUGUACAGAAGAGAGGAGCGGCGGGGAGAGAGAGAGCGGAGCGCCGGGAGAAUCAUGCGGUUUCCUGCGCUCCGGCUGCUGGCACUUGUGUGGCGCUUCUCCGCGCUUUUACGCACCACGCAAACUUACAAACUGCACCCGAAACAAGAAAGCUUCAUCAGUCAGCUGUCAUCGUAUGACAUCAUCACUCCAGUGCGUUUGAAUGAGUUCGGUGAGUCGUUCCCGCACCGGCUGCAUUACCGCAGGAGGAGACGCAGCACUGACGCAGAGCUCUCGGGUUUGAGGGCUCAUUACCAGAUCGAGGCGUUUGGACAGAGCUUUCAUCUGAACCUCACCGCAGACUCUGGAUUCAUUGCUCCAUCAUACACGGUUCUUCAUCUGGGAGAGGAGGAGAACGGAGGAGACGCUGCAGACCUGCGACACUGUUUCUUCAGAGGACACGUCAACGCUCGUACAGAACAUCACGCUGUCUUCAGUCUCUGCAGUGGACUUAUCGGUACGUUCACGACGCGCAGUGGUCAGUUCUUCCUCGAGCCGCUGUUGAGUGCUGAUGGAGAGGAGUAUGAAGAAGAACAUAACAAACCUCACCUCGUCUACAGACAUGAUGCACACAAGAAGUCACCUGACACGCAGCCAUGCACAACCUCAGAACACCAUAGCGACAAUCACAUCAGUCUCCAUAGCAACAGAACCUUUGAGGAGGAAGUGAUGUCGAUACGGGAAACGAUGCACAAACACUCAGAAGGCAAUUCCAGCGACUCGCAUUCACGCAAUAAACGCUUCCUGUCCUACCCGCGCUUUGUAGAGCUCAUGGUUACCGCGGAUACCAAGAUGGUGCGACAUCACGGACGAAACCUGGAGCACUACAUACUAACAAUCAUGUCAGUAGUUGCCGCGAUCUACAGAGAUCCGAGUGUGGGAAACCUCGUCAACAUCAUGAUCAUCAAGCUCCUCAUCAUACACAACGAACAGGAAGGACCAAGCAUAAACUUCUACGCCACUUCGACGCUUCAUAACUUCUGCGUUUGGCAACAGAGCCACAAUGUUCUGGACGACAGUCACCCGUCACACCACGACACCGCACUGCUUAUAACCAGGGAGGACAUCUGCCGCGCAAAAGACAAGUGCGAUACGUUAGGUUUGGCAGAGUUGGGGACGAUGUGCGAUCCAUACCGCAGCUGUUCCAUUAGUGAGGAGAACGGUCUGAGCGCGUCCUUCACCAUCGCUCAUGAGCUGGGACAUGUGUUCAACAUGCCCCAUGAUGACAGUCCAAAGUGCCGCGAGGCCGGAAUCAAGCAUCAGUAUCAUGUGAUGGCCCCAACGCUGAACUACGACACAAGCCCCUGGUCCUGGUCCAAAUGCAGCCGCAAAUACAUCACAGAGUUCCUCGACACUGGCUAUGGUGAAUGUCUACUGGACGAGCCCUCAGGCAGAGCAUAUAACCUUCCUAACCAGCUUCCAGGUCAACUCUACAAUGCCAACCGACAGUGUGAACUCAUGUUUGGUCUCGGCUCUCAAGUCUGUCCGUUUAUGAAACAGUGCAAGCGUCUUUGGUGCACCAGUGCCGAGGGCGACCAUAAAGGAUGUCGUACACAACAUAUGCCCCUCGCUGAUGGAACCGAAUGUGGGUAUGGCAUGCACUGCAGACAUGGCAUGUGUGUAAAUAAGGAGAUGGACAUGAAGCCGGUGAACGGUGAAUGGGGCCCCUGGGGGCCGUACAGUGUGUGUUCCAGAACGUGUGGAGGAGGAACUCGCAGCACAAUCAGAGACUGCAAUAAACCUGAGCCGAGGAACGGCGGGCGGUUUUGUGUCGGACGCAGAAUGAAGUUCCGCUCGUGUAAUACGGAGGCGUGUCCGCGCGGCCAGAGGGAUUUCCGAGAGGAGCAGUGUGCGCAGUUCGACGGCAAACACUUCAACAUCAACGGCCUGCUUCCCACCGUCCGCUGGGUGCCAAAGUACAGUGGCAUUCUAAUGAAGGAUCGUUGUAAGUUGUUUUGUCGUGUUGCCGCAACGAUGGCAUACUAUCAGCUGAGAGAUCGGGUCGUAGACGGAACCGCGUGUGGACCGGACACCUAUGACAUCUGUGUACAAGGACUGUGCCGGCAAGCAGGUUGUGACCAUGUUUUGAACUCAAAGGCCAGGAAUGAUAAGUGUGGAGUCUGUGGUGGAGAUAACUCCUCCUGUAAAACUCUCGCAGGAACCUUCAACAAUGCACAAUACGGUUACAAUGUUGUGGUACGGAUACCUGCUGGUGCCACAAACAUUGACAUAAAGCAAGUCAGCUACUCAGGGUCUCCGGAGGAUGAUAACUACCUUGCUCUGUCUGACAGUCACUCCAACUUCCUCCUGAACGGAAACUUCGUGGUGUCCAUGUUUAAAAGAGAGGUGACGUUUAAGGGAUCAGAAAUCGAGUACAGUGGAUCAAACACAACUGUGGAGCGCAUCAACUGCACAGAACGCAUCGAGGAAGAGCUCGUGCUGCAGGUUCUGUGUGUUGGGAACCUGUAUAAUCCUGAUGUGAGAUAUUCCUUCAGUAUUCCCAUUGAAGAGCAGCGAGAGCAGUUCACGUGGGAGCCGUCGGGCCCCUGGCAGGAGUGCAGUCGCGUGUGCCAGGGUGAGCGGAGGCGGAAGGCUGUGUGCAUUCGUAAGAGUGACCGUUUGGUGGUUUCAGAGCAAAGGUGCGAGUAUCAACCUCGACCGCGGGCCACAACGGAGCCCUGCAAUACAGACUGUGAACUCAGAUGGCACGUCGCGGGCAGAAGUGAUUGUUCCAGUAAGUGUGGACCGGGUCACCGCACACUGGACGUGUUGUGCAUGCGCUACAGUCAGAACGAGAGACUGAGUGAGCGUUUGGAGGGCAGAGCCUGUGCAGACCUGCCCAAACCGCAGACACGAGAGGGUUGCCAUGGAGACUGCCUCCUUAAGAGCUGGCAGUACAGCACCUGGUCUCAGUGCUCUGAGUCGUGUGGUGAUGGGGUGCGGAUGCGUCAGGCGUUCUGUAUGAAUAAUUUGGGUCGCAGGCUGGUGGACAGAGAGUGUGUGGAGCAGCAGAGAGUUCUAUCAGAACCCUGUAAUGAACAGUCCUGUCCCGACUGGACCAGCAGUGAAUGGAGCGAGUGUUUGGUGACGUGUGGGAAAGGCAUCAGACACAGGCAGGUGCUGUGCAUUCUGGGAGAUGAGAAACUGAGCGAUCAGCGCUGUGAUCCGAACACUAAACCGUCCGCCGCCAGCUCCUGUGAGCUGCCGGAAUGUGCCGCCUGGCAGGUCGGAGUCUGGAGUCCGUGUACAGUGACGUGCGGUCAGGGUUAUCAGAUGCGUGCGGUGAGGUGUGUGUCGGGAGCGUACGGAGAAUCGGUGGACGACAGGGACUGUAACGCAGCUGCGAGACCACGAGACAGCCAGGACUGUGAGUUAACAGUUUGUUCUCGGGCAGCAUCUGUGUUUAACACACCAAAACCAGCCGAAACGGGUCAGAUACACACGCAGUGGAGAUACGGGUCAUGGACAACUUGUUCGGUAUCGUGUGGCGAGGGCAGGAGAGAGCGUUACGUCAGCUGUCGAGACGGUCAGGGUGGAGUCGCCGAUGCGUCGUACUGCACUCACUUGCCCCGCCCACCUGACACCUCGGCGUGCUUCAGUUCCUGCGGUCAGUGGCGGGAGAGCGAGUGGACUCCAUGUCCGGUGUCAUGUGGAGUGGGUCGGUCUACGCGACGGGUCGUGUGCAUGAAUUAUCACCAUCAGGUGGACGAGUCGUUCUGUCACCCGGACGAGAGGCCUAGCAUCGAACAAGAGUGUGCAUCCGCGCCCUGUCAGUCCUCAUAUCAGUGGCCCAACAACCAGCCGCACUUCCCCUAUGUCCCCGGCAACCACCCCGGACACCACAGCUGGAACGUCCCGUCUGCAGAUAACCAGUGGAGGACAGGACCGUGGGGAGCGUGUUCCAGUACAUGUGAAGGAGGCUUUCAGAGGAGAGUCGUGGUCUGUCAGGACGCAGACGGCCGCAGCACAAAUAACUGCGAUGAGAGAGUCAAACCCAACGAAUCCAAGAGCUGUGACUCAGGACCCUGUCCUCACUGGAACUACGGCAUCUGGGGAGAGUGCACGCGGUCGUGUGGUGGCGGUCAGCAGACACGGUUGGUGGUGUGCCAGCGUCCGAACGGGCAGAGAUUAAAUGAACACAACUGUGACAUGCUCGACAAACCACCCGCUAUGAAGCAGUGUAACGGCCAGCCCUGCCAGGGCACUGCCACCUGGCACAGACGCUCAUGGAAGCCGUGUUCUGUGUCGUGUGGAAAGGGACUGAAAGAGAGACAGAUCAUGUGCAUGGACCAGAAUCAAACACAGAUUGACGAGGAGUUCUGCGCACAUCUCAACCGACCAACAAUGCAGAAAGUCUGUAGGGCGGGACCCUGCCCCAGCUGGAGGACCAAUCGGUGGAGAGCGUGUUCAGUGACUUGCGGCGUUGGUGCUCAGACCCGUGAGGUGUUCUGCAGGUCUAAGGGCAAAGGUCGAGUCAGUGAUGAGAUGUGCGACAUGCGUGAUCGUCCUGCGAGCGUUCAGUCCUGCUUCCACACGGAGUGUCAAUCACACAUCUGGACAACACACGAGUGGACAGAUUGUAACGCCACAUGUGGACGGGGUGUGAGGACUCGAACAGUGUUUUGCGUGGAUGGCGAGAUGAACGCAGUUUCUGACCGUAUGUGUGACGCCUCUUCUGAACCCGCCACACACGAGUCGUGUCACGGCGUCCCCUGUCAACACGUCUGGGUUACUACAGCGUGGAGUCAGUGUUCAGCGAUUUGUGGUUUUGGACUUCAGCGUCGGGCGGUCUAUUGUUCAGCAGUGCCCUCAUAUUCUCAAGCUCUGCCCUCUGAAUGCUCUGAGCCCACGCCGCCUGAUACCAGACCGUGCCAGCUCAAACAGUGCCCUUUACCCACACACUGGAAAGUCAGCCCUUGGAGCAAGUGUUCUCAGUCAUGUGGUGCCGGCGUGAUGGAGAGGCGUGUCGAGUGUCUCAGUGAUGAAAAUGUCCCGUCCAAUACGUGUCCCGUGUCCACACGGCCAGAGUCUCGUGCCACCUGCAGACAGACAGACUGUGAACUUUGCACAAGCUGCCGUGAGCUCCAGAUCAAGGAAGGCAUCAGGAAAGAUGGAGAGCAUUACCUCAAAAUCCGAUCCAAGAUUCUCCAGAUUUACUGUGCGGAAAUGCAAAGCGGGUACCCGAAAGAGUAUGUGACCCUGCGCAGUAGGCAAACGGACAAUUACUCUGAGGUGUAUGCAUACAGGUUGCAAAACCCGUUUGAAUGUCCAUAUAACGGCAGCAAGAGGCAGGACUGCGCGUGCAGGAACGAUUAUGGCGCGGCCGGUUACACCGUCUUCCACCGCCUGCGACUGGAUCUUUCCAGCAUGCGCAUCAUCACGACUGAUGGGAAGUUUAGUCAAACACUGUUUGGUCGCUCCAUCCCGUUCGCCACUUCAGGAGACUGUUAUAGUGCUGCUAAAUGUCCUCAGGGUCAGUUCAGUAUCAACCUCACAGGCACUGGGCUAACGGUCGCAGAUUCGACUAAAUGGGUUUCCCAGGGCAACCAUGUGACAGUCAAAGUGCACCGGUCAGAGGACGGAGUCAGAAUCUACGGCCGCUGUGGAGGAUUCUGUGGAAAAUGUCUUCCUCACCCUCACACUGGUCUUCUUGUUCACAUCCAGUGAGAGAAAAGUGUCGAAAACGAAGCAGUAAAUGACGCAGGCGGUGUAAACAGCUCUUCAAGAGAAAGACUCCCUCAUUGAAUCCCCGACAUCAAGACCGCCGUCGUAACUGAUAUGGCGUCCGUCUCUUUCAGGUCCGGCAGCUGUGGUGCUGGUUUCGACCAGCUCGCCAAAACGUCCCGUUUCCUCGCUCCCCAUGACACACACGCUCGGUUUGUUGAACGAUACCUCGUGGGGAAACUUCUCCGUGUGUGUGUUUUAGAAAACUGUCCAAGUAUUUUCUUUUAUUGAAUUGUUUUGUGUGUUUUGGUUUUUAUUUGGGCACCGUGUUGUCGUAAAAGAGAUCUGUUUUGUUUUUAACAAUGGCAAAAGUAUUUUACUGUCCAAACGAUCUACUGAACCCGUUUGUCCUCUGGACACGAACGACUCUAACAUGUCUAUUUAAGAGCGUCUGACGACAGCGAGCAGCUUGAUAUGAGAAUGUAAAUAAUUGAUUGUUGUGUAUAUUUAAAUGUUUUAACAUAUUUUGCGUCAAAGACUGGCCUCAGAAUAGCCUUAAAUCCAGACGGGGUCAAAACAACGUCAAACUAGCACUACUGAAAUCUCUUACCGUCCCGCUAACAGUCCGCUAGACUGUUCUUACAAAGUUCUCUGGCUAAAAGAAGUCUCACUAAUUCAGAUAUAUGAUCAUAUUUAAUAAUAUUAUAUGUAAUUAUAUGCUCAAAUGUUUCAGUUAUGGUGCUAAAAAUAACGUUUGAUUGAACGUAGCCUGUGCUAGCAUGUUAGCAUGCUGUAUUAGCAUAGGCUUUUGUGUAUUUACAGUUAUUUAACUCUUGUGCGUCACAAUUUAAUCAGUUACUCGUCGGAGGACAAAAAUGUCUGUGUCAAAAAACUGCCAAAAUAAUAUUAGAUAUUAAUAUUAUUUUACAUUUUCAGUGAGUUACAUUUUUUAACCAGCAUCAGUCCUGAUCAUCACUACCAAAUAUUCAAUUAUUUUCAGUAUUUUAACCCUUUAAAUGCCAGUUAGUUUACAUAAUGCCACUGUUGUUUUUUACACACACACACACACACACUGUCUCACACACACACACACACACACAUGUUGUGUUUCCAUGUUUUAUGGGGACUUUCCAUAGACAUAAUGGUUUUUAUACUGUACAAACUUUAUAUUCUAUCCCCUAAACCUAACCCUACCCCUAAACCUAACCCUCACAGAAAACUUUCUGCAUUUUUACAUUUUCAAAAAACAUAAUUUAGUAUGAUUUAUAAGCUGUUUUCCUCAUGGGGACCGACAAAAUGUCCCCACAAGGUCAAAAAUUUCGGGUUUUACUAUCCUUAUGGGGACAUUUG